AUGGAUAACUGCACCAGCGUCACCCCGGACUGCCCCGUCUCGGCCACAACACUGGGCUACUAUCCCAACCUCGGCGGUAAUGUCUUUCUGCUGCUCGUCUUUGCCCUCUGCGCUCUUGCCCAGAUCUACCUGGGCCUCCGCUACCGAGUGCGCCUCUACUCUGCCCUGGUGUUUCUGGGAUGUGCAGGCGAGGUGAUCGGCUAUGUCGGCCGCCUCAUGCUCCACGCUAACCCCUGGAGCAACGGCGGCUUCAUUAUCCAGACCCUCUUACUUAUUGUUUCCCCUUCCUUCCUCGCCGCCGCGCUCUACCUGACUGUUAAGACUGUUGUCCUUACCUGCGGUCCUCAGUUCUCCCUCCUUAACCCGAAGCUCUACACGUGGCUCUUUAUUAUUUGCGACGCGAUCGGCUUUUGUACACAGUUAGCCGGUGGGGGGCUUCAGGCCACCGCCGCCAACGGUAAAGGAUCGGAGAGCGCGGUGCGCGCGGGGACUAAUAUUAUGAUUGCAGGCAUUGCCUUCCAGGCAGCCACAAUGGCAGUAUGUGGGGUACUGACAAUUGACUUUACAAAAAAGAUAUAUCUAUAUCAGAGAAAUCAGGCCGGUUAUAACUCGCUCUCAUGGCAUUCAAUAAACCAGAGGGGGUUGGCGGGUUUUGUGGCGUGUCAGACAGUGGCAUUUAUAACAAUCUUAAUUCGGUGUAUCUACCGAAUUCCGGAGAUGGCGGGUGGAUGGGGAAACCCAAUGAUGCAAAAUGAGACCAAAUUUAUGGUUCUAGAUGGAACUAUGGUGGCUAUUGGAUCAAUCCUAAUAACUAUAGCAUUUCCUGGGAUAUUUCUUCCUGCAAUCAGCAGCCGUUAUGCUCGUGGUCAGCAUCAGAAGACCGGGAGCCAGAUUACAGAGGAUGGGUUGGAGCUGACCAAGGGUAUAGACGGUAGAGAUCUGUAGGGGGUGGAGUGGUAUCAUUGACUAGAAGAGACUAGGGGUUGGAAAAGACUGC